CCUCAACCCAAAAGAAACCAUCAAUCCAACCCAUCCACACCCCCAAAAUGCCCCCCAAAACCCAGCCCAUCCUCAUAAUCGGCGCCGGCGUCUUCGGCCUAACCACAGCCCUCGAGCUCUCCAAAAGAGGCUACAAAGACAUAACCCUCCUCGACCGCACCCUGCCCCCCGUCCCCGACGGCUCCAGCGUCGACGUCUCGCGCAUAAUCCGGCCCGACUACGCAGACGCCUUCUACGCGCAAAUGGGCCUCGACGCGCUAAACGGGUGGAAGGGCGAGUUCGCGCCGUUCUUCCACCACAGCGGGCUGCUCUGCGUGCAGUCGCAGGGCUCAGCGGAGUAUCUUGAGCAGGCAAAAGCCAACCUCCAGGCUCUUGGGAGCGGGGUCAACAUUCAGACCUUCCGGGGUGGCGAGGCGAACGCGAAGUACCCUGGUAUCCACGGCGAUCUGGCCGCUACGUCUGGGUAUUGGAAUUUAAGCGGUGGGUGGGCGGAUGCGGAGGGUAGCAUUGCGUAUCUUGCGCGGCGGUGCGCGCAGGCUGGUGUUUCUUUGAUAUCCGGGCGACAUGGGACUGUCACUUCACUCGUCACCUCACCGGAGUCCACAUCGAAGAAGCGAGAAGGGAAACGAAAAAUCCACGCCGUGCGCACAGCGGCAGGGACGACCCUCUCCGCGGACACGAUCAUCCUCGCCACAGGCGCCUGGACGCCCUACCUGCUCGACAUGAGCGGGCGAUCUGUGUCAACCGGGCAGCCGGUGGCUUUCAUCCAGCUCACACCGGAAGAAGCGGCAGAUAUGCAAGACGGCCGCACACCCGUCAUGAUUGAUCUCAGCACGGGGUGGUUCGCGUUUCCGCCGACGCCGGGGACGAAUCUGCUGAAGAUGGCGAGGCAUGGGUAUGGGUAUGAGGCUGUUAGAUCGGUGCCUUCUUCUUCUUCUUCUUCUUCUUCGCCACCUUCAUCAUCAUCAUCAUCAUCACCUUCAUCUAGUCCUGAAACAAGAAAUGAUAAAUUCAGCGCCCCGGCCCUCCCACCCUCAUCCUCAUCCUCAAAGACGACUCUCCCAAAAGACGCAGAACAGGCCCUCCGCGCAGGCCUCGCCCUCUUCCUCCCGCGCUUCAAAGACCGCCCUUUCGCGCAACAGCGUCUCUGCUGGUACACCGACACGCCCCGCGGGGACUUUAUCGUCGACUAUCAUCCUGAGUACGAGGGGUUAUUCCUCGCAACUGGUGGAAGUGGACAUGCAUUUAAAUUUCUCCCCAUCCUCGGCCCCCGCAUCGCCGACAGCUUUGAGGGCGUUGCAUCUCCUGCGCAGAAACAGAAGUGGGCGUGGUCGGCUUCUAAAGCUGAUAUCUCCCGUGGGGAUGGAAGUAGAGGGGGACCGCCGAGGAGGGUGUUGAGGGGGGAGGAGGAGGAGAGGGCGAUGCUCUGA